CAAUUUCACACAUUUUCUUUCUCUUCUCUGCAGAGAUAUUUAUAUAUAUAUAUAUAGACACACACAGAAACACACACACUAAAGCAUAUUUCUUUGUCCAUAUUCUAUUCCAUUUCAUUUUAUUGGAAGGAAGAAAAGAGGAGAAGAGAAGAGGGUGGUUCGUAAUGGGGCUCGACUCCUCAUAUGGUGGGAAUCCUCGAUCGGUCCCCAGAGAAGACACUCCUCUCCUCGGAGGAGUCGGAGUUGGCGGCAACUCCAAGCCCCUCUCCUCUCAACCCAAGAGCUUCGCCAAUGUAUUCAUCGCCAUUGUUGGUGCCGGCGUUCUCGGCCUGCCCUACACCUUCUUGAGGACCGGUUGGGUCACCACCUUCCUAAUGAUCUUUGGCGUCGCUGGUCUCACCAACUAUUGCAUGAUGCUCCUAGUCUACACCCGAAGAAAACUUGAGCCCAACAAUGAUAAAGAUUUCAACACCAAGAUCAACUCUUUCGGCGAUCUGGGUUUCGCCGUUUGUGGCUCCGUCGGCCGGUUCGCCGUCGACACCAUGAUCGUCCUCUCUCAUGCUGGCUUCUGCAUUGGGUAUAUCAUAUUCAUAAGUAACACCCUGGUCAAUCUCUUCAAUUCAUCAGCGAUGCUCCACAAUAAAUAUUUCAAAUGGACCACCCCCAAGAUUUGGGGGAUUUCGGCCAAGAGCAUUUACAUUUGGGGUGGUGUACCAUUCCAGUUGGGUCUAAAUUCCAUCCAUUCAUUGACCCUUUUGGCCCCUUUGAGUAUAUUUGCAGACAUUGUUGAUCUCGGAGCAAUGGGUGUGGUCAUGGUUGAGGAUGUUGUGGUUUUUUUGAAAGAUAGGCCUGCUGUUGAGCCUUUUGGGGGUUGGUCUAUGUUUUUCUAUGCUUUGGGUGUCACUGUUUAUUCAUUUGAAGGGGUUGGAAUGGCGUUGCCAUUAGAGUCAGAGAUGAAAGAUAGGAAAAAAUUUGGGAAAGUCUUGUGCUUGACCAUGUUUUUCAUUGCUUCCAUGUAUGGGAUAUUUGGGCUUCUGGGUUAUUUUGCUUUUGGUGAAAACACAAAAGAUAUAAUCACAGCAAAUAUGGGCAGAGGUCUGAUGAGCAGUUUGGUCCAAUUGGGUCUUUGUGUGAAUUUAUUCUUUACUUUCCCAUUGAUGAUGAACCCUGUGUAUGAGGUGGUUGGAAGAAGGUUCUGUGGUGGAAGAUGUUCGUUGUGGGUGAGAUGGCUACUGGUUAUUGUAGUCAAUUUGGUGGCUCUGCUUGUACCAAAUUUUACCGACUUCCUGUCAUUGGUGGGGAGCAGCAUUUGUUGUGUGUUGGGCUUUGUUCUGCCUUCUUUGUUCCAUUAUCUAACUUUCAAGGAUGAGAUGGGUUGGAAAGGAGUGUAUAGGGAUGUGGGCAUAAUGAUUUUAGGUAUUGCUCUUGCGGUUACGGGGACAUGGUCUUCUCUGGCGGAGAUUUUCUCCGUGAAGGUAUGAUGUUUUGAUCUAGCUUCAAAUGUAAAUUUUUAGUUUGCAGUAUGAAACAUUCUCCGUUUACAUCAUUAUUGUUUUUUGAAAACCCAAGUUAAUAAAGUGUUUUCAUCUUUUA